AUGUCGACUCCGAUCCCUACUACCCCAAAGGGUCCUCGCAACCCUCGCCGGAAUCGAAAAAACUCCAAGGCGGGCACCCCCGCCGAUAAUGCAUUCCGCAGCGGACCCUCAAACCGAAAGCUCAAACACUUCACUCCUACCCCUUCUCGUUCCAGCCCACCAAGUCCCAGUCCUGGAGAAGCUUCCAAUACCACUGCUUCUGAUGGCGCAUCACAAAAGAAGAAAGUGAGGCCUGGGAAGAAGAAUAAUGCUCAGUCCUCAAACCCUUCCCCAAUGACCAACUGCUCAUCCUUGGGCCACGGCCACUCAGCAUCACAACCCAACAUAUCAUCCACCCUCAAAGAUGGCACGCAUUAUGCUGGUCCAACAUUCCAUGCGUCUCCUGCCCCCUCUGCUUUGCCUAUUCCAACUUUCUUCUCAAAAUCUGUUCCUGAUCAGGAAGUUGCGGAAUCGCCAGAUGGCGAGUCGCGAGAGAUAUACCCCAUAGGCUCUUUCGAUCACACACCUACAAAACCGAGGGCCACGGUUGCUCUUUCAAAAAGCACAGACGAGAUUCCGUCACCUUUGGAUUUUCUUUUCAAAUCUGCAAAGGGGGCGAAAGUUGCGAGUAGACCUGUCAACAGCGAGACACAAUCCGUGAAACCCUCACCGUCACAGCCAAAUCUCCCGAGUCAGGCAAAGGCGACCCCACGGGAAAUAACUCCUGGUGCUAUUUUCCCACUUGAGUUGGAAUCCCCUGACAAUCGCAAGAUGGCGAUUGGGCCGUCAUUUGCUACUCCCUACAAGGACAGGAUUAAUGCUCUUCGUUCAGCCAGCUUCCCUUCACGAGCUAACGACAACGUGCCUCUUGACGAAGGGCAGAGGAAAGCCAAAACCGACGCGUUGAAGGAUCUGCUACUAAAUCCACGACCCCAACGCCCGUCCUCUGCAUCGCCCAAGGCGCCUAACGACUCAAACAUCUUCGGUUCAAGAAGUUCCACGCCACUCGCUCGACACUCCUCCGGUCCGCCAACCCCAGUUCCUUCGGAGGAGCCUAAAGGUUCCCUAAAAGGUCGCAGUCCGGAUAAUGGUAGUAUUGCACAUCAAUACCUAUCGUCCGUUUGUAAUGGCACUCAAUCGUCUCGAACUCCGUCGUCUAAUCUUCGUCGGGAGCUUUCUUCUACAAGUUCUAUCGACAGCCCACUUUUGUCGACUAAUGGUAGCCAAGAGAAUCCCAAGCGUUCUCAAACAUAUGUCAACCUCACGUCACCCACUCCAAACAGAGUCAAUCCCCACUUGAAUCCAGCUGUUCCUUCUCCUCGUUCUGGCUAUACGCCUUCUAAACCCCUUGACGCGAAACAGAUGGAGGCUGACUUACGCCGCAUCCUGAAGCUCGAUUCCAACCAUAGUCGAGGCUAG